AUGAAAGGAGCGAGAGAUUCACCCAUAUGUGGCGGUGUUCUUUAUUGCGGUUUCUGGCUUGUCCUUCAUUUGGCAGGGGCUGGUCGGCUUGAGCUGUUCUGGGCUAAUAAAUGUGAUUUGCAGGUUAUGUGGUAUCGACUGAGCACUGAGGAACGCGUCAAGUUGCUGGCCGCUGAAAACAGCGUGAUUAGCAACACGGCCUUGCUGCUCAACUCCGCAAUAACAGUACCUCCUAUUGAUAUGCCACUGAAAUACAGCAGUGUGCAGACAGCGGCUAAGUUGGGUUGGCCUGGUGCUGCACUCGCUUGGCUCGGGAUGUAUGAUAACAGAUUGAAAAAUGGCAUUUACUGCACAAGAGCCGUCGCCGGAGUUGCGGUUGUGAGGGACGAGAUGCGUUUUUUGGACUAUCCGCCUGGCAGUGACGAAGGUUUCGUCGCUUUGCGUGCUCUGUUUUAUGGGCACUUCCAUAUGCUGCGUUAUUUUUCUGUUGCGCAGAUCCCCCAUUCGUUUGUAACUCUGUUUCCUGAUGGCCGAGUACCAUUGCAUUUUCUUCAUAUUCUUUCCCAGGCUCCUACUUUGGAAUGUCGACGUAAUAGACUGCUUUGCAGUCAACUGCAACAUGUAGCAAGUGAGUUGCUGCACUGGCUGCCACGCAUCAACGCUGAUCUCUUACGGUAUAAGGCCAGUGAGAUACAGGAUGUUGAACUUGCUCGUUUCAUCGACUGCUGCGCAAAACAUUCGUGCGACAGUUCGGCCGAAUGCACUGACUAUAAGAGCAUUGAUAGAACUUAUCCGUGA